AUGGACGAACCGGUAGGAUCGCCGCGUUAUGGCACCGUGCCGUCACAGCCUGGCAGGACUUCCGAUCCGGAUGGCUCGUUCCUAAUUAGCCAAGCCGGAACCUUAUCCCCGAUGCAAGACGACUCCUGGACGAGUAGCGAUGAAAAAGACAGUGGUGAUAGGAGGAUGGAUGAGCAGGUAGAAGAAGAGAAAGGUACCAAAAGUCGAGACUUAGCAAGGACGAGCACGAACAUGUCUAUCGCCGAAACGCUUUCCUUGCCUCAGGAAAUCUUAUUCGUCUUUGUUAUUUGCCUCGCGCAACUCUUCACGCAGAGUGGUCUUGGUCAAACCAUAAGCAUUAUUCACACAAUCGGUGAACAUUUCGGUAUCACGAAUCCUGGAGAGCUAAGCUGGUUCAUGGCCGGCUAUAGCUUAACCGUAGGCACAUUUAUCCUUUUCUCAGGAAGGUUGGGCGAUGUCUUCGGUCAUAAAACCCUGUUUCUUAUCGGUAUGGGUUGGUAUUCAAUCUGGAGCGUAAUCUGUGGGCUUUCCGUCUACUCGAAUCACGUCCUUUUUAUAUUCGCUCGUGUUCUACAGGGAAUCGGCCCCGCUAUCAUCCUUCCGAACGGAUUGGCUAUCCUUGGUAUCACAUACGCCCCCGGCCGGCGUAAGGAGAUGAUAUUUGCUAUCUUCGGCGCAAUGGCACCGACCGGUUCUGUCAUCGGUUCGCUAUUCGCUGCUAUCCUCGCUCUUGCCUGGUGGCCUUGGGCAUUCUGGGCGUUUGGCAUUGUUCUCGCCGCAACUGUUGUUAUAGGCUACUAUGUUAUCCCGGAAGCUUCGAACAGGCAUCAUGCCCAGCCUAAAGGUUUGAAGAAUACGUUACGAGAGCUCGAUCUUGUAGGGACAGUCCUCGGCGUGGGUGGCCUUGUCCUCGUCAAUUUUGCGUGGAAUCAAGCCCCUAUUGUAGGCUGGGACAAGCCUUACGUUUAUGUUUUGCUCAUCGUCGGGUUACUACUUCUUGCCGCGUUCUUCGUAUUCGAACUAAAAUUCGCUCAAUACCCUCUCAUUCCUUUCAAUGCCUUCUCCUACGAAGUAUCCUUCGUCCUAGCUGCUAUAGCAUGUGGGUGGUCUUGCUUCGGCAUCUGGUUCUUCUACUCCUGGGAAUUCCUGCUCGUCCUUCGAAGAGUACCGCCCUUGUUGGCUACGGCCAUGUUCAUUCCGACUGUUAUCUCGGGAAUUUUUGCCGCCCUCUUUACGGGUUAUACUCUGCAUCGGCUUAAGCCGCCUAUAGUCAUGACGAUGGCUCUCGUUUUCUUUACAACAGGCAUCAUCAUCCUCGCGACCUGUCCUGUUGAGCAGGUCUACUGGGCUCAGUAUUUUGUUUCUGGCAUUAUCAUGCCUUGGGGGAUGGACAUGAGCUUCCCCGCCGCAACCCUCAUCCUCUCCGAUGCUGUAGCACGAAAGCACCAAGGUAUUGCCGCGAGCUUGGUUAAUACCGUAGUCAACUACAGCAUUUCGCUAGGGUUAGGCUUCGCAGGUACAGUCGAGACGCAUGUCAACAAAGGCGGUGAGACCCCAGAGGAUAUCCUAAAAGGAUACCGAGGGGCAUACUACAUGGGCAUCGGGCUUGCGAGUCUAGGUGUGCUUGUGUGUAUUGCUUUUAUCGCUAAAAGUAAAACCCGAAAAAACACUACUAGCCAAGACACGCCUUGA